AAAAUUAAAUACUAAUUCAGAAGAACAAUCUCCAAUCACCCUCAAGAAUGUGACUUUUCUCUUUAAACCUCCUAUUAAUUUGAUUCCCUACCAGGCUGCCAUUUCAUUUUCUUAACCCCCUUAUCUCUCUUUCUCUCUCUCUCCCGUCAAAUUCCACCACUUCCUCACUUCCUAGAAAGAAUACAUAGGAGAGGCUUCCUCUCUUCCUGUUGCUGACAAUUCACAUCAAAACAGCCACUUUUUUUUUUUUUUUUUUUUGUUGUAAAGUUUUGUGCCAGCAUUGCAGGUGUAGUGUUGAACUCAACAUGGGGAGGCACUCUUGUUGCUACAAGCAGAAGCUAAGGAAAGGCCUCUGGUCUCCUGAAGAGGAUGAGAAGCUUCUCAACUACAUCACCAAGCAUGGCCAUGGCUGCUGGAGCUCAGUCCCUAAAUUAGCAGGUCUGCAGAGGUGUGGGAAGAGCUGCAGGUUAAGGUGGAUAAAUUACCUGAGGCCUGAUUUGAAGAGAGGACCAUUCUCACCGCAAGAAGAGAAUUUGAUAGUAGAACUCCAUGCAGUUCUUGGCAACAGAUGGUCUCAGAUUGCAGCCCAGUUACCAGGAAGAACAGACAACGAGAUUAAAAAUCUAUGGAAUUCCUGCAUAAAGAAGAAGCUGAGGCAAAGAGGCAUUGACCCCAACACUCACAAACUACUCUCAGAAGUGCUUGAUCAAAAUAUUGACACAGAAACUAACAACAAUAAUAAUAUUAAGCUCUCCCCAACUUACAAGAGUAAUGAGAAGGCCUCUGAGGGAUCCAAUGAGCUGAGCUUGGUUGAGGCAGUGAGUUCAAAGCACCCAUCUUCAGCGUCCGAAAACCGGUUCAACCCUGUUGAAGUUUCCUCCACCUCGAAACUCAUCAGCAGCAAUGGCGGCAGCAGCAAAAGUUUGACACAUGAAGGCUCCAUCAGUAGUUGCAGGCCUUGUGAUUUUGUGGGGUACUUUUCUUUUCCUCAUCACAAUAACCAGAACAAUUAUGGGUCGUCGUCAGAUAUGCGGCUGCAGGCAGUAAAUCAAAACACCACUUUCAGCUUCCUCAAUCAAAAUCCAGAGUUCCUGCAACCGUCCAUGUCAUCAAGCUCCGCCAUUUUCACCGCCUCUCCUCCUACUCCUCCCACAUUUGUGAAGCCUUCGAUCAGCCUCCCAUCUGAUAACUCCUCCACCUGGGACUCCAAUGCCAACAACAGCAACAGCAGCAGCGGCGGCUAUUUCGACAACUCUGCAGCCUUUUCUUGGUGGCCUCCGGAGGCGCUAAAAUCCAACGACCCAGAAGAGAUCAAAUGGUCUGAAUAUCUCCACAACACCUCAUUUCUGAUGGGAACCCACCAAGCCUCUCAGCCUGCUACUUACUCAGAAAUGAAACCAGAAUCCCAGUCACACAUUUUAUCAAACAGUUUGAGUGCAACAUCUUGGCACCCCCAAAACCACCAACACCACCACCAGCACCAGCACCAGCAAGCUUUACAAGCUUCAGAGAUGUACACAAAGGAUCUUCAGAGACUUGCCGUAGCUUUUGGACAAACCCUGUAGAACCAAAAACAAAAAUACAAAAAAAUCAGGUGCAGGACAACCCACUCUAAGCUAACUUUUCAGAAAAGCAUUUCAAACUUUUAUCAGAAGAAUUGUUAGUUUGUGACAGAGAAGGGUUUGCAAGUUGAAAGAGUUCUUCUGCGUCUUACAAUUUACUGGUGUGUGUUAUAGGGUUUUUUCUUCUUCUGAUUUUUCAUUUUUAUUUUUAUUUUUUGUAAAUUUCCAAUACCAAAUUUUAAUUUUUCAGCCUUUUUUUUCUUCUAAUUACUGUUGUAGUAAUAUAUUUGUGCAUGAAUUAAUACGGUUUAAGAAUUACAGAAAUAAGGGCCUUUGUUACAUUUUAA